AUGGUCACCAAGAAUUUCUACUCGGCAAUCAGAGCUCUGAGAUUAGAAGAUGAUGAACCAACUGAAUUACCAAAUAGCCCAAGAUUCAGAGUUUUUGAGGAGAAGGCAAUCAGUCUCCUAGGUCGUUUGCUCAAUCCGGACGCUCAGGCCAUGGCCAAAAUGAUUGAAGAUGUGCCUCGAGUAUGGCGUAUGACAGAUAGAAUUAGAGGAAUAGCUUUAUCAAAGGACAAAUUCCGGCUCAUCUUUCGGAGGGACUUUUUGACGACCUUUCAAGUGUGGAUUAGAAUGAGAAAUAUACCAGUGAACCACUUCACAUCGGAAACGAUGGCUAAGGUGAUUGGUGAGGUCAAAUUAAUUGCUUAUGACCCAAAGGUAUCUCAUAUGUUGAAGAUCCGAUGCUAA